AUGCUCGCCAAACGAAAUGGGCGGUCCUGGUACCAGUGGUACGCAGAGACCGAUACACCACAGGAGCGAAAGCUCAUCUUCAAACUCGACCUACUCAUUGUCCCAUAUGCAUUCGUGGGUUUCUGGAUCAACUACAUUGACUCCUCCAACAUCAGCAUGGAGUUUUUAUGGGGUAUAUUCACUCUGUUGCAAUAUCGGGCCACCACGUAUUCGGAGCUUAUGGCAUAUCGAUUUUUCAUUGGAUUAUUUGAGGCUUCAUUCUUUGUCGGUGUGCAUUACGUUCUUGGGUCUUGGUAUCGAGCAGAUGAGUUAGGACGUCGUGGUGGGAUCUUCUAUAUCGGUUUAACUCUUGGAUCCCUCACUGCAGGUUUGAUUCAAAGUGCAGCCUCUGCAAAUCUCGAAGGCGUGGCUGGKCUAGCAGGCUGGCGGUGGCAAUUCAUUAUCGUCGCUCUAAUGACAUUCAUCGUCGCCAUCGCGGGUUUCUUCAUCUGGCCCGGCACGCCAGACAUACCCAACAAGCUCUUCCUCAGCGACGAGGAAGUUUGUCUUGCACAAGAGAGAAUGAAUAAAAACGGCACCGGCGAAAGCAACGCCAACACACCAAAAUUCUCUCUGGGUCUCCUCCGUGCCAUUUUCACCAAUUGGCGAGUAUAUGUGCUGACAAUUUGGAACAUCCUAUUCUGGAAUAGCGAUCCCCAACCUUGGGGCGGUUACCUACUCUGGAUCGAAAGCUUGAACCGCUACUCAACAGCCGAGGUCAACCGCAUCGGCGCCUCAGCUCCUGGCAUCGGAAUCUUGUACGUGCUAUUCAUUAACUUCAGCUCCGACCUCUGGCUCGGUCGAACUGCGUCAAUAGUGCUCGCGCACAUCGUAAACAUCACCAGCAUGACGAUCCUAGUUGUAUGGAACGUGCCUGAGUCCGCGAAAUGGUUCGCCUUUAACAUUUACUUCUUCGACAUUGCUAUGAGUAGUGUUUUGUAUGGCUGGGCAAACGACAUUCUCAGGCACGAUAAGCAGCAGCGAGCGAUUGCAACUGACACCGACACAGUCACCACCAGCGGCAUUGCUACCACAACUGUUACACCUACCAUUGUCAAGACCGUCACUGAAACAUGGAUCCUACCGACCCCUAGCGCCUACAGAGGCGUAAACUAUUACCAAUACCUAAACGACUACUUCUACCCCGACGGCGACCAAGGCUGCCUAACCUGCGGCUAUGGCGGCGGAGGCUACGAAACCGCAGACUGGAACGGUAACUACAGCUACUACACAAACGGCACAACGCAACAGAUCAACUUCGAGUCUGAGAACUACCCCAGCUACUCCACAAUCUUGUGCCAAUUACCAGGCCAACCCGCUGCAACUGAUUGCUCGCAAUGGACCGUGGUGUUCCAGGGCUAUCUGCACGCCACUCAAACAGGGAACUAUACCCUUGCCCCUGAUCUGCUUGAAGACAACGCUCUGUUCUUCUGGGGUGGGGAGAAAGCAUAUAGCAGCUACGAGAAUAACAAUACCGACGGAGGCGUUAGUUAUACGCAACCGGCUGGUCUUCCGCAUACAUUUGCUUAUGAGAUGGUGGCUGGCGAGUUUUUACCGAUUACAUUUAUUUAUGCGAAUGGAUAUGGGCCGGCUUUGAAUAGAUUGACGAUUACGAGUCCUAAUGGGACUACGUAUCCGGAUGAUUUGAACUUUUUUGUGCCGCCGUGCCCAAACAGUCCUUUUGUGCCAUAG